AAGCAUAUGAACGUGGGUGAGUGGAGCAUUGACAAGACUUGGACCGCAGCCUGGAAGUGACAUCAACACCACGUAAACCUGCUGGGAUCUAGACAAUGCAUGCAGGCGAGGCAACCAAGCAGAACCUGUGCUAAUUCGAUAACAGAGGAAACAUUAUUACAAUUCUACCAAUGCAUGACUUUUUACUCUGGAAGCAAAAAAAUUCCAAAACCUUCUCAUUAUAUGUUCCUGUCAUAAAACCUAAAAUAUUUGCUUCGAAAACCACAGUAGCAUAAUUACAGCUACUUAGGGAAUAUUAUUUCACAAGCAUCAUUACAGAAAGCUUCUUGUUACAGAACCAAUAGUGCUGUAUUAGAGGAUUUUGUAUAAAUCAUUCGGUGAACUCGUGUCACUGUAUAAUCAGGUCCAGGUAUAGUGUGUUGUUGAUAUUAUUGAUGAGACAGAGUGAAAGAAGGAAAAAAAACAAAUAUUCUGAAGCAGAGAUUUCCAGAUUGUUUUAAACCUGACCAUGGGACUGUCAUAGCAUGUGGCAUUGUGUGGGGUAGCAAAUGUGAUUGACAGAUACAAAGAGGAUGAGGAUUUGUACUGGAGGAUGAUUCGCCAACAUGAGAGUAUUACUUUGGAUUUUAACGGUGUAUAUCUGUCGAGUGCAAGUGACACAGAACACUCUCAGCAGUGAUGAUCCUCUUGUACUGAAUUUUACAGAAAAAGGCCCCCCGGGGAAGAAAUUGCACAGGAUAGAGCCGCUUGGGUUUUAUGUAAAGAAGGGGAAAGUGGACGGAGCAGUAGACAGACCUCAAGAUAAGGCAGCUAACUGUGAUCACAAAUUCUCCUUCAAAAUGCAACAGAAGGGUACGUUUAUGUCACCGGGCUUCCCCAACAAGUAUCCACAGGAAGUCGAGUGUAGCUAUUUCUUCCAUGCCACUCCGGAGGGCCGUAUCAAAAUCAGUUUUGACUACUUCAACCUGGAGGUGCGUUCUGAUAAGGGGUGCCAAUUUGACUACAUAGAGAUCCACUAUGUGAAUGACGAGGGCUUCAAAUCAGAGGUGGGGAGAUUUUGUGGCAGUGACACACCUGAAGAAUUUGUAUCACUACAGCCAAAAAUGGAAAUUGUCUUCAAGUCAGAUUCCACCAAGGAACAGAAUGGCUUCAUAGCUCACUAUGAGUUCCUGGGGGACAAUUGGCAGCCGUUUGGCCCCUCCACUAUAGGAUGUGGUCCUGGCUAUCUUACAGGAAGUGGAGGUGUGAUUAUUUCACCAAAUUAUCCUGCACUCUUUCCAACCUUAAGUCGCUGUUCAUGGAUCAUCAAGGUGAAGGACACACAGAAGAUCCUGCUCCAGAUCGUAGACAUGGAAAUCUCCAGUAGUAGUUCCUGUACCGAUGCAUUCCUUUUGUUCUUCAAUGGGUUCGCCAUCCCAGGAAUGUACCCAGAGGAACGCUUCUGUGACAGUCUGGAUAACGUACCAGUACUUAAACGAGAGUUCCUAUCAACCUCCUCCAGAGUCGUUAUCAGGUUUGAGUCCGGACCUUCCACCUCUGCGAGGAAAACAGGGUUUAAGUUGGUUUGGACAGCUGUAUCCCUAGUCAAGCCAGCAGGUGACUGUCAUGGCUUUAUGUGCUCCGGGAAUGACAAGUGUUCUGACCGGUCAUCAUGUAGGAAGUAUUGUAUAGACCAGUCCCUGAGGUGUGACGGUAACCCUAACUGUGGCGAGGUGGAUACCAGUGAUGAAGACAAGUGCCUCAGUAAGGUACUGUGGAUCACCAUGUAUGCUGUCCUGCCCUGUAUCCUCAUAAUUGGCUCCAUAGUGUUGAUUGUCUAUUGUUACAAACGCCAACGCCGGAAGAAACUGUACAUUGAGAAGAAAGAGGCUCAAAGAAACGAACAAACUCAUUGGGUUUCUCCACAUAUACGAAGUUUGGAGCAGAGUCCUAACCCAGGACGUUCCACCACCAUGCUGACAACAUCCUUUGUAUCUUCCAAACCUUUCACGGAUAUUGAUUAUAAAGAUAAUCCAGUAAUAAAGGAAAACGUCGAAAAUUCUAAUAAAAGUGAUAAUUUAUCAAAUACUGUUAGCUCAGUGGAAAAUACACCAAAAAAGAUGGUCAAUAAUAAGAAAUGCCCAGAGAUUGAAGAGAAAGAGAUUGUUGUGCCCUCCAUUGACAAUAAAAAGGGGUAUAAUAAUGAGGAACCACAUGUUCAGUUUGAAAUGGACACCAUUCCCAACUUUAGGACACACCAAAAACGAUCAUCUUAUCAUCUUAUGCAAGAGUUGAAUCUAGGGGAGAGCGAGAUCAUGAUAGCUAAGAUUUGACAGCUAUUUUCUGUUAGUUUCUGUACAAUCUUUUUACUUGGCAGGAUGAUGAUGACGCUGUAUCAGGUCAUCCAUAUCACUUUCGUUGAUUGAUGAGGAGACUCAUUAUACUUAAUCAUUAAACAUUUUUCAGUUUAUAGAUUUUAUAUGUGAUAUGAAAAUAUAUUCCCAAAUCAUUUGUCUUGGAUCUACAUUUUAUCGACCCAUUUCUUAUUUUGAGCUGAUAAAGAAGGAUCUGUGAUGUUAUGAUUGGAUGUUUGAAGUCGGAAAUGUGAAUAGGUCAGUAUGUUUGUCUGUAAUGUGUUUCAUUAGAACUAGAAAGUAAGAACAGGUUGUGGGCUUCUGGGUUUUAACCAGAUUACUCUAUAUAAAUCAUAUGAUACUGCAUGCAUUCAUAUCCAUACAGGAGAGAAUGCCAUUGGGUAACUUAAUAAAUUUUGUUACUGAGAAAAUUUUAGGAUUUGUAUACAGUUACUUAAGCUUUAUAUAAAUAGAAUGGUUGGACAAUGAAUUAAAACCCUAAUGGAAGUAUGCAUAAUUUUGUAAGGUGUAAGCUGCGUGCUGUGCUUUUGGGAAUAAAAGUGUUCUUAGAUCAGUGAGAAAAUUCAUGUAUACAUUUUGUAUGUGUCCUAGCAAUCUCAACAGUUACCGUGUGUACCUUUAUCAGGUUCGUACCAUUUGUACCCAAGAGGUACUGUAUCGUAUAAGUUCCAAAGAUGCCGCAGCCAUCGCUCGCUUUAAACAUAAAAACCUAUUAUUUUCCUUUUUCACAACCUAACAGAUUUAAAAUCUCCUUUUUAUUAACAUUUUGAUGACAAAUGAAGAAUCAAUUUAAAUUCCACCAUCUUGGAUCCUGAAAACUGCAGGUCCAUGAGAAGCUGAUACAGCGUGUUCCAUUUUAAGUACAGCAAAUUCGUACUGUACAACUGGUAGAAACCCGAUAAAGACCGCAUGGUAUGAGUACAGCAGAUUUGUACCGUACACCUGGUAGGAACCCAAUAAAGGAACGCACAGUAUGAGUACAACAGAUUCGUACCGUACACCUGGUAGGAACCCGAUAAAGGAACGCACAGUUGAUGUUGUUAACGUUCCACUAAUACAAAUGUCAUGUAUAGGCCAGUUCAAUAUUUUUACACUCUUCAUAAUUUGCUUUCAUUUCAAAAUUAUGUUUAUUAAAUAUAUGAUAGGUCAAUAGGAUUAGCUAUGUUGAUGUAUGAACAUGUGAUCAAAGACUUGGACCUUCUCCUUGGACUUGAUGUAAGAAAGCGACUUCUCAAGUGAAGAGGUGUGUACUGUGUGGGAAGGGAGAUAACUCUUGUUUUGAUGUUGAAUCAUUUCCAUUUAUGCAUUCCAUUUACAUUAUUUUAGUAAACUACUGUAAUAUAUGUCUCUUGUUUCCAUAAUUUUCUGAGUCACUCCUUUGUUGUGUAAAUAAAAUUGAUAUCAAAACAACCAUGGAAAUCCCACAGGUGGGACAUUUCAUGUUGUCAACAUGCUUAGAAGUUAAUAUAAUACAGCCCAAUAUUGUUAUAAUAUAAACUGACAAAUUUGGUAUCGGUAAUGCUAAGAAAUAAGUGAUAUUUCUGUAUAUUGUUACACAACAGUCGCAAAACAUAAAGUAUAUAAGAUUUCAACAGAACUUCAAUUUUUUGUGUAAAAAUAAUUUUUCCAUGAAUUAAUUGACAUGUGCAUGUAAUAAUUUAAGGGCAAUUUUAAUGUUAAAUAAAUUGUACGUAUCUUCUUGAUAUCAAAUUCAACAAACAUGUAACUCUGUACAUUCUACUGAGAAGACUUAAGGAUUAAUUGUAACCCCACUGUAUUAAUUGUAACCCCACUGUAUUAAUUGUAACCCCUGACUGUCGUAUGGUUCAUCCUUGGACAUACUGUCAACAAUAAAAGCAGGUGCUUGAUUGGGGUUACAGUCUGUAGUAGAGAGGCCAUGCAAACUCACAAGGCAUUAAAUCUGAGAUUAACUAGCUAUAUAUCAUUCCCCUUAAGUGACUCUGUAAAGUGUUAUAUUUUCUCAAAACUUGGCAAAUGAUAUAGGUACAUGUGCUUGUUAAUAUGAAUGUGAUAUAUGAAUCCCUCCUGUUACCUCUGUCCUGCAAGGUGGAUAUUUCCUAAAUCAGCCUUGGACAUGGACAGAUUUUAGUAUGUUUGUCCUAGAAACAUUUGGUUAAUAUUUUCAUUAUUGAUCUGUAACCCAAGUUUUUAUUACCAGUAGCAUAUUCAUACUUUAGGAUUCUAUUGCACACCUCAAAGUUUAAAAACACAGAAAUUUUUCUUUAAAAAAAUAUCAAAACUAUCUUACACUUCCCUAAGUCUUCCUGUCAUAUUACAAUACAGUUAUGGCUCCUCUUUACAGUUUUCACACCAGGAAAUGAUCAGUUUAAGGUGACAAUCAGCUUCUCAGACAAUCAAAUCUACCUGGUAUUGAUCACGAUUCUCGUUUGAAGUAACCCUGUGAAAACAUCUUGUAAAAUGAUAUCGUUUUACUAUCUAUUGUGUUAAGAGGACAAGUUACAUCAUUACCCUGUCAACUUGUCCAUCAUGGUAUUGAUGCCUAGAUUCUAUCACUGCUGAACCAAGUAAUCAGUAUAUGUUGAUGCUGGCUAUGUCGCUUGAUGAAUUAGUCUACAAACAUGAUCAUGUAUUUUAACAAAUAACAAUAUAUACUUUUUAUUGUAUGUGAGAAUUUAAUGGAGAUUAAUUUGUAUUUGUGUUGGAGAUAUGUGACAAAAGUUUGUGUGGGUAGUUGUGAUUGUGACAAAUUCUGCUUGAUAGAUCAACUUAAACUCAUUCCUUUUGUUUCAAAAUGUAACCUGAACGUUCUGAGAAAUUUAUUUACAACUUUACAAUCUAGAGUACAUAACAUGCAGUGAUAGGUAAAAAUUCAGUGCAAUCAAAAUUUGUUACCUUUGUAACUACUACAAUGCUUUUUUCAGUGAAAAUAAGCACAUUUCCUUCUAUGAACUCGUAAGGAAAGACUAACCUGGCAAUUCUUAAUACCUGGAUUAAUAAAGUGAUAUACUCCUUGAUACCUUGUACUUACUUACAUGUAAGUUGUACCACAUGAAACUUAAAACUUAAGUAAAGAGCAUGUAAUCGCAUUUAUAUGCAAACGUAAUGUUUUCCUAUUUAGCGAGAUACUCAUUUUUUCAAUUUUCUUGAAAAGUGGUUUUCUGUGAUUAGUAUAUAUAUAUAUAUAUAUAGAGAGAGAAAAAAUAAUAGUAGUCCUUGUGGAAGAAAAUAUAUGGAAAAAUUAAAA